AUGGGUAUCAAGGGUCUUAACGCUAUUAUAUCGGAGCAUGUUCCGUCAGCAGUUCGCAAACUUGAAAUCAAGGCAUUCUUCGGUCGUAAAGUAGCCAUCGAUGCGUCGAUGUCCUUAUACCAGUUUUUGAUCGCUGUAAGACAACAAGAUGGUGUACAAUUGGCAAGUGAAUCUGGCGAAACCACAUCCCACUUAAUGGGGAUCUUCUACCGAACUUUGAGAAUGAUCGACAAUGGUAUAAAGCCUUGCUACGUGUUUGAUGGUAAACCACCCAUCUUGAAAUCGCACGAACUAGACAAAAGAAGUGCCAGAAGAGCAACCACAGAGGAGAAACUGAGAGAGGCAGUGGAAGAAGCCGAAAAACAAAAACAGGAGCGUAGACUGGUUAAAGUCACCCCUGAACAUAACGAGGAGGCCAAGAAAUUACUGCGAUUGAUGGGAUUACCUUACGUGAAUGCACCUUGCGAGGCAGAAGCGCAGUGUGCGGAACUGGCAAAAGCCGGUAAAGUGUAUGCCGCUGCGAGCGAGGAUAUGGACACAUUGUGCUAUCGCUCACCAUUCCUGCUGCGUCAUUUGACCUUUUCAGAAGCGAAAAAGGAACCCAUUCACGAGAUCAACAUUGAGAUCUUGUUGGAGGGUCUGGAACUGACCAUCGAGCAAUUCAUCGACCUGGGAAUCAUGCUCGGAUGCGACUACUGUGAAAGUAUUCGCGGCGUGGGCCCGGUGACUGCUCUCAAACUGAUCAAAGAACACAAGACGUUGGAAAAUAUCGUCACAUACAUCGAAUCCGGAGAAGCCAACAACAAGUGGAAAAUACCCGAAAACUGGCCCUUCCGCGAAGCACGCGAGCUAUUUUUGAAUCCCGACGUCAUCAAGGGCUCCGAGGUCGAUUUGAAAUGGGUUGAGCCGCAAGAAGAGGCCCUGAUCGAGUUUAUGUGCAAGGAAAAAGGUUUUAACGAAGAGAGAAUCCGUUCUGGUAUCAAACGUCUACAGAAGGGACUGAAAACCGGUGUACAAGGUAGACUCGAUGGCUUUUUCAAAGUCAAACCAAAGACCAAAGAACAGCUAGCUGCAGCCAAUGCUAAGGCCAAGACAGUCAACACCAAGACUAAAGGUAAAGUUAUGAAGCCUGGGAAACCUAGAAAAUAG